AUGACAUAUAUCGAAAAGAUGAAGCAUCGAGUGAUACUGAAUCACAUUGCACAUCGUGACAAAUCAUACAAGACAUUGCUAUAUGUUAUCGCUUGGUUGAUUGUAUCAUUAUCAAUUGGUGUGUUUACUGAAUCCAAGAGAGUAAGGAACAAACAGGUGGCACAAUACUUUGAUAGCAAUGAGACACUGGCACCAUUCAUCAGUAAGAAUAUAGAGAUAUUCUGUGAGUUUGCUCAUAGUGGCAAGUUGCCACUGUAUCAAGGUGAGGAUUGGCAACAGAUAAUGGAUAUGAUUGCUGAUCGUCUGGAGCGUGAUGAUGAGUUGGUUGCAUUGCUACAGACACAGACCAAUAUGUCAAGACUGGUGGACAUCAUCGGUACACAAUCAAUCAGAUUCAAGAAGGAGAUAAAAUCAAGAUCAAUCAGUUCAAUCAAGUCUCCAGACAAUAGUGUCAUUGAUAAAUGUUCCAGGAUACUAUAUCUUCUCUCUUCCAAUUAUAAAGAGCCAACUGGAAUACUUACCAAGAUUAUGGUUGGAUUGGCCAAGUCAUCAUUGGUACCAUAUUCAGCGAGGAUCACUAUUGCAGGAGCAUUGUCGAAGAUGUCUGAACAGCCAGAGAAUGCAAUUCACCUGGCCAACAGUGGUACCAUAUCACUAUUCUCAUUCUAUGUAAAGAACAGCGCAACAAACUAUGAAGUAUUCUUACAAUCAAUUUACAAUAUUCUGGACGGCAUCGAUGGUGGUGUCAAGGAUUGUGAGAUGGCUGUAAAGAAGCUGACAUCAGUCAGUGAUGCUGAGAAAGUCCUCAUCAAGGAAUGGAUCCUAUCCCCUUCCUAUCCACCAACAAUCCCAUUAUCCAUCAACAAGAGACUUCACGAGAUGGGCUUCAUUGCCAUCGCAUCAUUGUUAUACGCUUCCAUACGUGGAAAGAGUAUCAAAGGAGGAUUGAUGACAGCGGCAUAUCUAUCACCGAUGGUGUUGAUUGCAGAUCAGUACGACGCAUGGUUCCAAAGGAGAUUGCGUCAGUUUGAUUCACCACCAGUUAGAGCAAUCAUGAAGACAGUGUACUAUGGUAGUUAUGGCAUUCCAUUCUUUGGAAUGAACAAAUGGUUACCCUACUGGAGGGGCAGUGCAGCAGCUGGUGUAAUGACAUUCUGUGGAGUACAGGCCUACAAGUAUCAACUAUUCCCAGCGAACGAAUGGUACCUAAAGCCACCACCAGUAUUGUAA